AUGGACCAGAACUUGAAUUCCACCAGCAACCCGUUGGACUCCUUCGUGUUGCCCAUUGGUCAGCCAGUCCCUCAAUCUCUCAAUCAGGAGACUUCCGGCAUUAUGCUGACUCCUUUCUUCGCUCCUUUGGCGACGAAUUACGGAUCGAACUUGUUUCUUCCUCACAAUACUCUACCGGUUUGUCACCAGCCAGCAACUCUAUCGGCAGCUUUCCCGAGACUCGACAUGCUAGGGAUGCAGCAGCUGCUGGGAGCGUCAAGUUUCGCGUCCUCCUCCUCCCAUCUUUUCCCUCGAGGUUUCAACGCUAGCGGGCAGAUGAUCAGCAUCCCUCAGCGAGCCUCCCACAUGCCUCCGUUGCUCAGCCAAGUCAACACGAGUACAUUGGUGGGGCCUCCUGUGGAUCUUCAGAUUGAUUUGAGCGCUCAAAAAUAUUUGGAAGAAGUCAGAGGUUCGGAAGAAUUCGAGCAGCAUCACGUGGCAGCAAGCAGUUACAGCCCUCCUUCGAACAGAUCUGCUUUCUUUCCUGUCGAUCAAAGUUCCGGACUCUCUCACAAGAGGUCAACAACUUCUCUCGACAUUCUCAAGGAAUCGCUCGAUCGCAAGGCUAAGUCAGAAGACUCUUCGCUUUCAUCUGCAUACGUGAAUCGUCAUGGUCAAGCGAAGAGCGGUGGCGGAUGGGGUAAAGUAGAAGAAGGAUCAACCUCGGGCAGGCACAAACCUUGGAAGAUUGCUUUGACAGAAUCUCAGGCACAGGAUAUCUUUAUGCAACGACCGAAGAUCAAGGAGCUCUACGGGUUCGGGUCAAGUCAGUUAGGAGAGAAGUACAUGGUGAACGCCAAGACUAUCCGAGACAUCUGGAACCGCGAAACAUGGGUCAAGGCGACGAAACACCUCUGGACGUCGGAGGAAAUCAUGCAGGAUGCGGCUGAGAGGGAGAGGAAACGGUUCAAGAGCAGUUGCACGGACGAUGAGGCAGCAGGGAGCGGCAGCAAAAAGAAUUGA